AUGCACAGAGUCGAGUACGCAACGAGUGGAGGGACAAACUUGAAGGAGAGGGGUCCCUACAACCCAACCCCAGUUCACAACUAUCUCAGUGGAACAGGCAAGUCACACGUGUAUCGUGGACCGGGUUACUACAUACCACUGGACGACAGCUGGAUCCAGUACCACGAAUACAGGGCACUUCCACCGGAAACAAGAAGGGAUGCGGUCCUGUUCGAGUCUGAAGAUGCCUGGGUGGAGUACCAAAGGAAGCGUGAUACAGCUCCGAAACCUAGCGGUAUAACUUUUUCGGGAGUUCCAACACAAUUUACCGGUGUCCCCGUGCCAAACCUCCUUCCUUUUCAAACUUCCGCUUGGAAUCGAAAAUGGGAUGGUCCUGGGUACUUUUUACCGUCCGGUGAUAAAUGGUUCCACGACCAUGACAGCCCUGCCAUCCCUCCGGAAUCUAGACUGUUUUACAACGAGGAAGACUGGAUAAAAUACAAACACAUGUUGGAAAAGCCAUGUUUACCAACCCUCCAAAAGUAAUAUAUUUAGACAAAACUACUUACAUAUAGCUACUGAUCUUUUGAGGGACUGAAUGAGAUUUUGUUUAUG